CCGAGGGCCCACCAUGUCUGCUGCAGCUUGGCUCGCACCGGCCGCGCGACAAUAAACAAGCGCCCUGGACGGGGCCCUGCGCCCGCCCCGGAGCAGCUGCCUCAGAGACCCCGGCGAUGCCGACCGCGCCGCCACCGCCUCGGCGCCCGGGAGGGAAGACGCGACUUUCUCUGAGUUUUUUAGAGUCGCCGGGCUGCCGGGACACGCCACAGGCGUAGAACAACGACUGCUCCUGUCCCCCCACCAGACCACCCAAAGGAUGUCGGAGAUAGACAGUUCCAAAUAAUGACGAUCGAUCGUGUGCUGCAUCUGGGAAAGGGACAGGAAAAAAUAUAGAAAAUAACCUGCACACAGCGGAGGCGCUGAAACCGCCAAGAGGAUGCGGGAGCCGUACAGACACUAAGUGGGGACCGCGGCGGCGGCGGCGGCUGCAGCGGGUUCCGCACGGGGAGAGCGGCGGCGGCUUCCCAGCGCGGUGGUCGCCUCGACGCAGGGGGGUGGGAGGACUGCGCCGGGGGCGAGGACCGUGCAGGAAGCCGCAGCCGCCGCGGGAGCCGCCGGAGGGCCGGGGCCACCUUCACUCGCCCCCUCACUACCAUGUACAGCGUGCGCUGCAAGAAGAAGGCGGGCGAUGCAUGCACACCCCCGCGCCCCACUCCCUCCGGCUCGUCCCCGAGCGUGCGCCACUGACCAGGGGGGAAUGUGGUGAAGACACUCGGGAGGAGAGCCGAGGGGGGAGGGGAGGGCCGGCCGGCGCGAACCCUGGCCGGAGGGUGCGAGGAGCCCUAGGCGGCCGGAGGGGGCGGCGGCGGCGGCGGCUGCUGGCAGGAAGAAAGUUGCCCCCGAUGCAGAUGGCAACUGAGGUAAAAUGCACCCUUGCUGCCCCCUGGUAACUUUGGAACAGGACCUCCACAGAAAAAUGCAUAGCUGGAUGCUGCAGACUCUAGCAUUUGCUCUAACAUCUCUCGUCCUUUCGUGUGCAGAAACCAUCGAUUAUUAUGGGGAAAUCUGUGACAAUGCAUGUCCUUGUGAGGAGAAGGACGGCAUUUUAACUGUGAGCUGUGAAAACCGAGGGAUCAUCAGCCUCUCUGAGAUUAGCCCACCCCGCUUCCCAGUCUACCACCUCUUGUUGUCUGGAAACCUUCUGAACCGUCUCUAUCCCAAUGAGUUUGUAAACUACACUGGGGCUUCAAUUUUGCAUCUGGGUAGCAACGUGAUCCAGGACAUUGAGACGGGGGCUUUCCACGGGCUUAGGGGUUUAAGGAGACUGCAUCUGAACAAUAAUAAGCUGGAACUUCUGCGGGAUGAUAUAUUCCUUGGUUUGGAGAGCCUGGAGUACCUACAGGUCGAUUAUAAUUACAUCAGUGUCAUUGAACCCAAUGCUUUUGGGAAACUGCAUUUGUUGCAGGUGCUUAUCCUCAAUGAUAAUCUCUUGUCCAGUUUACCCAACAACCUUUUCCGUUUUGUGCCCUUAACGCACUUGGACCUGCGGGGGAACCGGCUGAAACUUCUGCCCUAUGUGGGGCUGCUGCAGCACAUGGAUAAAGUUGUGGAGUUACAGCUGGAGGAAAACCCCUGGAACUGCUCCUGUGAGCUGAUCUCCCUGAAGGAUUGGCUGGACAGCAUCUCCUACUCGGCCCUGGUGGGGGAUGUGGUUUGUGAGACGCCCUUCCGCUUACAUGGGCGGGACUUGGACGAAGUGUCCAAGCAGGAACUUUGCCCCAGGAAACUUAUUUCAGACUACGAGAUGAGGCCGCAGACGCCUUUGAGCACCACGGGGUACUUACACACCACCCCAGCUUCGGUGAAUUCCGUGGCCACUUCGUCCUCUGCUGUUUACAAACCUCCCUUGAAGACCCCUAAGGGGACACGCCAACCCAACAAGCCCAGGGUGCGCCCCACCUCUAGGCAGCCAUUCAAAGACUUGAGCUCCAGCAAUUCUGGCCCCAGCAUCGCCUACCAGACCAAAUCUCCCGUGCCUUUGGAGUGCCCCACCCAGUGCUACUGCAACCUGCAAAUCUCCGAUCUGGGCCUCAAUGUCAACUGCCAGGAGCGAAAGAUCGAGAGCAUCGCAGAGCUGCAGCCCAAGCCCUACAAUCCCAAGAAAAUGUAUCUGACGGAGAACUACAUCGCGGUGGUUCGCAGGAGCGACUUCCUGGAGGCCACGGGGCUGGACCUCCUACACUUGGGCAACAACCGCAUUUCCAUGAUCCAGGACCACGCCUUCGGAGAUCUCACCAACCUGAGGCGCCUCUACCUGAACGGCAACAGGAUCGAGAGGCUGAGCCCAGAGCUGUUCUAUGGCCUGCAGAGCCUGCAGUAUCUCUUCCUCCAGUACAAUCUCAUUCGUGAGAUUCAGCCUGGGACCUUUGAUCCGGUCCCCAACCUCCAGCUGCUAUUUCUCAAUAAUAACCUCCUGCAGACCAUGCCCCCGGGCGUCUUCUCCAGCCUGACCCUCCUCAGGCUGAACCUGAGGAGUAACCACUUCACCUCCUUGCCGGUGAGUGGCGUCCUGGACCAGCUGAAGUCACUCAUCCAAAUCGACCUCCACGACAACCCUUGGGAUUGCACCUGCGACGUGGUGGGCAUGAAGCUGUGGGUCGAGCAGCUCAAAGUGGGCGUCUUGGUGGACGAAGUCAUCUGCAAGGCGCCCAAGAACUUCGCUGAGACGGACAUGCGCUCCAUUAAGUCGGAGCUGCUGUGCCCAGACUACUCGGACGUGGUGGUUUCCACGCCCACGCCCUCCUCCAUCCAGGUCCCCUCCAGAACCAGCGCGGUGACCCCCACCGUGCGGCUGAACAGCACCGGGGGUCCCGCGGGCUUGGGCGCGGGCGGAGGCGCGUCCUCCGUGCCCUUGUCCGUGCUGAUCCUCAGCCUGCUGCUGGUUUUCAUCAUGUCUGUCUUCGUGGCCGCGGGGCUCUUUGUGCUGGUGAUGAAGCGCAGGAAGAAGAACCAGAGCGACCACACCAGCACCAACAAUUCCGACGUGAGCUCCUUCAACAUGCAGUACAGCGUGUACGGCGGCAGCGGAGGGGCCGGCGGCCACCCCCACGCGCACGUGCACCACCGCGGGCCCUCGCUGCCCAAGGUGAAGACGCCCGCGGGCCACGUGUACGAGUACAUCCCCCAUCCCCUGGGCCACAUGUGCAAAAACCCCAUCUACCGCUCCCGAGAGGGCAACUCCGUGGAGGAUUACAAAGACCUGCACGAGCUCAAGGUCACCUACAGCGGCAACCACCACCUGCAGCAGCAGCAGCAGCAGCAGCAGCCGCCGCCGCCUCCGCCGCCGCCCCAGCCGCAGCCCCCGCCGCAGCUGCAGCUGCAGCCGGCGGAGGAGGAGAGGCGGGAAAGCCACCACUUGCGGAGCCCGGCCUACAGCGUCAGCACCAUCGAGCCCCGGGAGGACCUGUUGUCCCCGGUGCAGGACGCCGACCGCUUUUACCGGGGCAUUUUAGAACCAGACAAGCACUGCUCCACCGCCCCCGCCGGCAGCAGCCUCCCGGAAUAUCCCAAAUUCCCGUGCAGCCCCGCUGCCUACACUUUCUCCCCCAACUAUGACCUGAGACGCCCCCACCAGUAUUUGCACCCGGGGGCCGGGGACAGCCGGCUGCGGGAACCGGUGCUCUACAGCCCCCCCAGUGCUGUCUUUGUAGAACCCAACCGGAACGAGUAUCUGGAGUUAAAAGCAAAACUAAACGUUGAGCCGGACUACCUCGAAGUGCUGGAAAAACAAACCACAUUUAGCCAGUUCUAAAAGCAAAGAAACUCCCUUGGAGCUUUUGCGUUUAAAACAAACAAGCAAGCCGAUACACACGGUGAACAUAUUUGAUUAAUUAUGUUGUUUCAACGUUUAGAGUGAAGUGCCUUGGCACGAGAUUCUUAGCUUCGGCGGAAGAUACUGAAAGGGUGUGCAAUUUCCUUUUAAUUUUACACGUGGGGAAGCGUUUGUGUAAACAGGGCACAUCCCUUUCUCUGGCGUGUCGGGGAGGAGAGGAGUAGGGGUUUUUGGAAGGCAAGUUGAUGCACGGGUGACUUUUGAAAGAUAGCAGUCAUUUUUCUAGUGGUUGGAAGUGCUAAGAAUGGUGGAAGAUGACAGCGCAUAGAUUCUACUCUUUCUCUUUUGCUCCCUUCUCCCCUCCCCUUCUUCCCCUUUAAGCCGCGGGUGGGUCUAUAUGGCUUUUGUGGAGAGAUUAGCACACCCCAACUUUAAUAGAAAGUUCAUUCUCUUCUUUUCCUCUUUCUCCUCCCCCUCCCUCUCUCUGCUUCCUUGCUCCCUCCUCUCUCAUUCCUUUUCUUUCUUUUAAAAGGAUGUGUUUGUAUGCAUUCUGGACAUUUGAAUUAAAAACAAAAGUGUUGUGAUCUCGAAAGGAUCACCAUAGAUGUGGACAAAUCAUUAAAAUUACAGAGCUAUAUGAUCCAUAAUUGAUUAGUCAAAAUAACUUAUUGAUGAAAUAUACAAAUAUUUUAUUGUAGCACCUAUUUUUAUAUGCACAUUUAGCAUUUCUCUUUCCUUCACUAUUUAGCCUAUGAUUUCCACAGAGGUGUCGCACUAUGUUAGAAGCUGCAUUUCCAAAUUUUGAAGUGAUAUCAGGAAGGCAUUUUAAACCACUCAAAAUAUGGAGAACUUAAUGACAAAAUUUUAAAGCCAGUGCAACCCACCCAAUUGGAUCUGUAAUUUGAAAAAAAAACUGAUUGUACCCCAAUAUAUAUUAAAAUAUUAGGGCAAUUAAUUGGGCCAUUUGGGUGAGAAUCAGGUGCAAGUUUUGGGUUUUAUUAGAGAAGAUUUCAAAGUAUUUUUUAUCAGUCAACCAAAAUGAUGUAUUGAUUUGACUACUAUUGUAGCCGAUUUUUGAUUGUUUAACCAAACACCGUUGCAUUUGUACAGAUCCACGUGUUCUAGCACCUCAGAAGACCAAAUGAUGGACUGUACAAAUCCCUAUACAAUGUCUUUAUCCCUCUGGGCAGCAAGCAAUGAUGAUAACCACAAACAGGAUCUCUGUAAGAUGGGGCUAUUGUUGUUACAGUCUUAUAUGUAUCCCAGCACAUGUAAUUUUUUAAAUAGUUUCUGAAUAAACACUUGAUAACUAUGUCAAAUAUGAGGAAUUGAAGUAAUGAUUACUUAAAGUGCAAAAGAACUAGC